CGACAGCUCAAUUCUCCCAAAGCAACAGCGAAUUAUAGCUUCAUUGUAUCAGAGCAAUGGCUUUAUUGUAGCAUAGCAAUGGUGUCAGAAAAUGGCUUCAUUUUAGCAGAACAUGCUUGAUGAUUGUGUCAGACCACUGCCUUGAUUAUGUCAGAACAAUAACAGUGCAUUGAUGUGAAGAUUUGGUUUUGUUUUCAGCAACUUCAAAAACUUGAGUCUGCACGUCAGAGCGAUGAACAGUUCUACCAACGGUUUAUUGGUCGUCUUAUGUUCUACUCCAUCAUCCUGUACAUUAUAUCAGCGCUGGUUAUGUACUUUUACUAUUUUCCUAAGUAUUGGAAAGACAGGCUUACAAGGACUCUACCAUUAUUGAUUUUUCCAUUGAUGUAAGUAUAUAUUUUUAUUAUUCGAAAGCCCUGCACAGUUGUUUUGAUGUAGAGGACCCAAGAACACGGAGAUCUAUAUGUUUAAAUUGCAACUCUUGUCGAAGUUUGACCAAUGUUAUCAACUGUUGUUUUUAGAUAUCUGCAUGUAACCUAUAUGUUAAAGGGCCGGCAGUAAUUGGUUUUAACUGUUGUGGUGUCCCCACCAUUCGUCACUUGUAUAAUAUUGUAUUUGUAUUGUAUGCAUGUCAUUCGUGUAAUUUUACCUGGCCAAGUUGAAUAAAUAAAUAAAUAAAAAAGUGUGUCUGUUAAUUGACUGUUUAUUUAUUUAUUUAUUUACUUUGCCAUCAUACUUAUACAUUCAUUGGCUGGGAAACCACAACAGCUAUUGCCAAUUACAGCGGCCCCAAUAGUUAUACAGAAACAAUUUACAAGGUAUACGAAACACACACAACAGACAAUACUUGAACAACAGUCAUUACAUUUGUCUAAAAGCAGCAUGUCAAUGGAGAGUUCAUUAAACUUCGAGCGGAAUUACAUUUUAUACACACACUUUUCCAUGUUCGGGGAUCCUCAACAUCGUAUGUAUUUUCCAAUGCUAAAAUAUAGUACUUAAAAAGAAGAUUCUUGAAUUCUGAAAAUGUUAGGUCUUUGGAUGUAAUAUAAUUGGGUAGUGUGUUCCAUAUUCUUGAUGUUCGGAUUUUGUAAGAUUUUUCAUAGGUUGACGUCUUGUAUGUCGGAAUUUUAUAUUUGUUCGAGUUGGGAUUAAAUGAUCUUGUCUGUCUUUGACCCUGAGGUUGAGGAAAUGGAAGAAUUUUUUUAUCAAUAUUAAAAAUGUCGUGAUUUGCCUUAUAGAAGAAUACUACAUCCAGGUAUUCGUGCCAGUAGCUGAGAGGGAGCAAACUGGUUGCAAGGAGUCGGUCUCUAUAUUCUGUAUCACAAAUAAAGGGAACAUUUAAAAUAUAUUUAGUUGCACGCCUCUGAACUCGUUGCAUUACUGUAAAUGUCCAAAGUGAAAACUCCCCUGAGGAUAUACACUAACUUGAACCCUUAGACUAAUAAAUCAGGGCCAGUUUGUUAAAUGUGACUCCAGGGGGGUGUACUGUAGUUGGGAAUACCUCCUUUUCGGCCUUGAUAAAAUACUGUAAGAUUUUCCCUUAUGUGGCAUUAAAGUGUAAUUGUGGUCGGUACAGUACAUACACAGUACUGUAAAUAAUGGAUACGAUGCUGGAAUGUAUAUCAGUGUGUCAUAGAUCAGUUGUUUGUGUUCAUCGUUCCUUCCUCGCCUCCCCUCUCAAAGAAGACAAUUUACUGCCUCGGCUCACAAGCUCGCAUUUCCCAUAUUUACACAAGAAGAGUUUUAACAACGGCAUGCAAUAUUUUUACACCAUUGAAUUUGUAUGUUUUUAGAAUUUAUGGCGUAAGAAGAAUGCUGAUGUACGUUUUCAGCACAAGGAAAAAGAAAAAUGGUUUGUUUAAUUAUAUAAAUUGCAUACACUGUAUUAAUCUAUUCAACUUGAUUCACUUGAUUAUGAUCUAUGAAAAUGCCAAUAACCCUUAAUUUUUCCAACCUUGAUAAUUAUGUAUUACUGUAGGUGUGGGAAUACUGUACGAAUAGUUAUGAUAAUACUCGUUGCAGUGCUUUUAAUUCCGCAAUCCCUCGUUUUUAGCCUGCAAAUUUCAAUCAUUACUAGCCUUGCCCUUGGUUCAAUAAUGUUAUUUUAGUCCUGACCACAUCAGUUGGGAAGCAUGUUUCUGCAGUUUGAUCAUCAUGUUCAUUAUUGUCGUCGUUAGUGUGGCUAAAUAUUACAUGAUCGAUCAAAAUAUUCUGUUCUACUUAUGGGCGCAAUAGCUUAAUUGAGAUAAUAUACAUGUACAGGUAGUAUAUAUUGUUUGAAGUUGAUCGAAUAUUACGAAGGAACUCCGUUACAGGGUGCGAUAAUUCAAUAUUUUUAGUCGCACUUGACUGCAUGGUAUUUUUAAUGCAUGAUUAUUGCCGCGUACGUCUUAAACUCGAGGCUUACUUAGUCUUUAAAAGUAGUUUAGUCAUGUAUACAGUUCCUGCAAGGUAUUCAUAGCAAGAGUUGCGCGUACCUAUACGUGGUACGUAAUUGAAAAAACUGAAGUACCAGACCGUUAUACUGGCGUACCUCUUGUACGUACAUAUAUUAAGCAUGCGCAGUUCAGCCUUUUGAAUGAUGGUUUUUAAGGAGCAUUACAAGCCUUUUAAUUGAAAAAACUAACUAGGAAAAUCAAUUAAGCAUAAUUCAAGAUCAGUGAUUUCAAUGUUUUUUACCAUUUUUAAACAUUUCUAAUGUUAAAAACAUUGAGUUCACUGAUUUUGAAUUAUGCUUAAUUGAUUUUCCUAGUUAGUUUUUUCAAUUAAAAGGCUGGUAAUGCGCCUUAAAAACCAUCAUUCAAAAGGCUGAACUGUGCCUUUAAGCAUGCAAAUUAUCGAACCCUGCGUUGUUGUCAUCAUAAAGGCCGGUUAACACGGUUUAAGGUCCACACAGACCGGACGCGAUUCGACAACGCGAUUUUUCGAUUUUCACUGACCGAUAACUUUGAUCCUAGUUUAAAUUUUCCAAAUAUUUAGAAGCGCUAUAACAUUUUGAGUUAUUUGGUCUACAUAUCUUUCAAAAUUUGCUCUCAUCGGCUGUUUUAUUAACUUUCAAAAACUAAAAAAUCGCGUCGCGUUGUCGAAUCGCGUCCGGUGUGUCUGCACCUUUACACUUGCAAUUUUUGCUGCGAUUUCUAGGCGAUAUUCUUCUUCUGAUGCGUGUGAAUGAGUAGAUGAAUUAUGAAUGUUCUGUAUACUAUCCAUGAGAAGAAGAAAAUCGCACGUAAAAUCGCAGCAAAAAUUACAAGUGUAAACGGGCCUUAAAGGGGCCCUACAGCCAUUUUUUAGUCAAAAGGCCACCUUAAGUAGGGGACUCCACGGAGAUUCGUUUGGCUGUAUUUUACAUGCAGUAUCCAUGAGUAUGACUACUUCUCUGUAUCUUACAUGCAGUAUCCAUGAGUAUGACUACUUCUGCACACCGGAAGACGCAUGCAUGCCGUGAUGCGCAUGUGAAGUAGCGACAAUAACAAAAAAAUGUAAACAAUACUUAAGGUGACUUUUCGACUAAAAAAUGACUGUAGGGCCCCUUUAAGACUUUUGCCGUAUUUCCUUAUAGCUCUUAAGCUUGAAGAACUUAGAUCCAAAAAGCAGAAAGUGGUAAGUAUAUAAUUAUAAUGUGGAUGUAUAGAUCUUGAAACAAUGAAAAGUGAAGCAAGAGUGGGCCGCAUAGCAGACCAGCAUACUGCUUCCUAGUAUAGCUGUUAACAGGGCUCAAAAUAACGGGAGAUAGGUAUCCGGUCAAAAUAACACAGGUCAAAAUGACCAGUGAACUUGAUAUUAGCUCAGUCAAAAUCUCAUUUAUAUACGCUUGACUUGCGAAGCUAUGAACAUAAUAGAUACUAUUAUAAAUGCUAUAUGAUGCUUAGGGCCAGUUUUUUAUCAUUAAGCUCAUCAGGCGGGAAGGAACGUUUUCAUCCCGCCAAGCCGGAAAACUUGCCUAUACUGUAGGUCUGAGGGACAAAAACAUUGCCGGGAUGAAGCCAGUUGAGUGCUUAACGUCAUGUCCUUUUUGCACAAAAAGAAUUUACGCUUGCUCAGAUCAAAAGCCAAUUGCGUUUCGCCUAUGGCUGGGAUAGAGUGUUUCGGCCUAUGCGGGAUCCCGGCAACAGAUGGCAUCAUGGCAGGGUCGCGCCUAGGGCGGGAUGGGAGCAGAUCAUAUGAAUACUUAUAGUAGAGUUUAUUAUGAGCGAGAUAUCGGUAACUCUCCCGUCCCACUGGGCCAGGAUCAUUGUUGCCAUAUCCCUAUAGCACUUUUACUGGUAUUAUAUAUGUACAUGCAGUAAUAUGCUGAAGCUUAAUAUAUCGUAAAUCAACAGGCUCUUCAUCCUUUCACAAAAUGUUACUACGUAACGACUGCCGUUGAGCUGAAGUACAUGUUAGAGCUUUUUGAGCAAAUGUCAGAUACAUUUAAAUAAAAAAUCCAUGCAUGUUCUUUAGAUUGAAAAUGUAAAAGAAAAAGAAACGUACAAGAAAGCGAAAGAAAUACUGGAGAAAUUUGACCCUAAUAACAGUCUUGUAAAGGUAUGUUAUACUGUAUAGAUUCAUUUUGUGUCAAAUAUGAAGGUGAAUAGUACGGAUCGAAAACAACUAAUGACAUGUAAUUUCUCUUAGAAUGAUGCAAAGCAAGAUGCGACGAAUGGAAAGUUGCCUCCGGCAACCCCGGGAUCUGGUUAGAAUUUUUUAGUAAAUAUAAAAAGAAAAAAAAUUGAUACUGCAUGUGUUUUGUGUUCGCCACCCCUGGGGCUCUCUCUCUUUAUGGGUUGUGCAUUUUCCAAAACCCAGGCGGAAAUCAAGGAUGAGCGUGCACGUUUGGACCGAGAAAAUAUCUUGCAUAUGAGGUUAAUGACGUGCUUGUAUAUCAAAGAAGGUUGGGGGCUUAUAAAAUAUGAACUGCUAUAGAGUUAUGUCUAACUUUUUCGAUGUCUGCAUUCAGUCCCAUACAUCAUUAUUAUUUAACAGGUUUCCGCCUACCAGGACUGACACAACACACUAUGCCUAUGCUAAAUUUACUUAUAAACUUGGAAAGAUAAAAUUACAUAUUACACUAGUGGGUACACGUAUCUGGUUGCAAAUCAUAACGAGCGUUGGCAUUACAAUUUCUUACAAUUUUCGAUGUUUCAUUAUCGUGUUAGUGUUAUUUUUGGACAAUACAUUGCACGCGCUUUUGGAUCGGAAAUUAAUAGUAUACCUUUCCUUGAUAGAAGUUCGACAAAGAAAUGCUACUUGGAUAAUGUCAACGCCCAAUGCGUCAUUUUCCCAACAACCACCGCCAUUUUCUGCAACACCCAAAUUACAAAUGAAGUCACCACUGCGUGGAAUGAGUCCUGCCAUGCAAAAACAGUUCUUUAUUAAUAAUAUGCCCCCUGGUAAGUCCUAGGGUCGGUUGUACCAACACCGGAUAGCGCUUUCCACCAGAUAGUGGUUUUCCAAUUAAAGCUGUGAAACUACGGAUGUAGAACAAUGUAGGACCCAGAUAUAAAUAGACUUUAAUUUAUCAAUACUAAACUUUAAUCUAUAGGUUAUACCAUAGUCUGUCAAAUUUGAUGAUCUGGAAGCCCGGUAAACUUCAAAACCACGAAACAGAAGACUUUUGUUUCAUAUUGAACUAUAUCUCGCCGUGCACAAAUCCUUGCUCCAACUAAAUUCAGUGUGAUUGUACGUUUCACCUCAGCUAUCCCUAUUGGACAAUUACUUAAUUGUUUGAAAAGAACAAUGUGCUCAAUCAUCGUGACCGUACACAAACUAACAUAAACUCACAAAACUGUCAAAACAUUCAUUGUUGAUAGACUAUGGUUAUACUAUUGCUUGAAAAAUUCACUACCUGGUGGAUAGCGCUAUCCAGCCUUGGUGCAAUCGGCCCCUGAAAUAUAAGAACUACCGUAAACCUACAUAGCUCAUUAGAAUCGAGGCAGUUCCUAUUUCAAUAAUACCCGUUAUUCAUCUAUUGAAUAAGUGGCCCGGCACUUAUUUAUUUCAGGCACAUUUGACUUGGGAACUUGUUGAUUUUACCGAAACGCGAGACGCUUAAGGCUCGGUGAACUGUAACAUGAAAGCCGUUCAGUAAAUUUAAUCAGUACACAUCUGUUUCUUUGUUGUAAAAGAGAAGGAAAAGAGAGCUUAUAGUAGGAAAAUGACAUAAUCAAUUCUUCCUCCCGUUUUGUGUUUACAGAUUGAAUGCAACUUUUUACCUUCCACAUAUUUUAUGUUUGUAGGAACUCCUCCUGGUCCGCCAAAGCCGAUACCAGUUUUACCGAAAGAACGUACAAUGGCUGACAAGGUAUUGCAAAACGCUACUAUGGCUCGGAUCUGUCCCGAUGCGGUUUAAAUUUUUCAAAAUUACAAGAUUCCCCGGAAGUGCAUGUUAUUUGAUAACAAUUGAUCAUAUCUUGUCAUAUCUGAAAACUAUUAUUUUAAAGAGCUUCUAUUUAGCCGUAUUAUAUAAUAUGUGAUAUUACCCUUCUCUUUCUUCCACCAAUUUUUAUACUAUUCAACACGAGUUCAGCAUUGUGCGACUAAAGCAAUCCUUAUAACCUGCCUUUCCAGUCUGAUUUAAGUUACAAGCAACGUUUAGAUCUCUUCUAUUUAUACCUACUGCAUGGCACAAAUUCCUUGACCAGGUCUUUUUUUCAAAAUUAUUCACAAACCUUGUUAAUAGGGUGAGGCGGUUAAUCGAUAAACCGAAAAAAAAACGUUUUUUUAAAACCGAAUCAACCGAUGUUCUAGGAAAAAACGGGAAAAAAUUGAAAAAAAAACUGUUUGUAACUCAGUAAUGUUGAAACAAAAUGGCACCUUGUCAAAAUCACGGCGCUACUUCUGACGAAAUUUCCAAUUUUCAAACGUUAAAAACGUACUGUACUAUUAAUGCAAUUGUUUUUAAAACUAGUCUUGAACGUAUUGCGUGAAGUUUAAUCUAACUGUAGUAUAUUUUGACGUACGUUAUAAAACAUUUUUUCGGGUUUUUUCCGACGGUUUUCGUUUUUUUAUCCUGAACCGCAUCACCGUACUUGUCAAGAUUUAUCCUGACAGAUCAACCGGUACCACUUCCUAUCCUAACCUACUGCUGUACUCUACUUCUAUCCUAAAAGAUGUACAACUCUGACGUUAUCCGAUGAUCCGAGAACAUGGAAAACGGUGUAUCUGAAAUGUAAUUUUGAAUCAGCACGUAUACUUAUAGGGAGACUAUAUCAAUUAUAUCUUGUUGCAACUAAAAUAUUUUUCGCCCAUCAGGAGCACGCUCUCCAUCGUAAAUCUUGACUACAUGCACAAGGAUUAUGACAAUUAAGUCUUUCUGACUAAGUACGGCAAACGGUUAAAAGGUUUAAGGUUUAGAGUUUCGAAGGACAACCUUUUUUAAAUUAGCUAUAUUCAGUGUGGCAAAACAAAAUCAGGGUAUAGAUAAGAAUUCGUUUGACAUGUAUUUUAUCACUGUUUGAUAAAAAUUCAUUUGAGAUGCAUUUUAAGCCUUGCUAUUGUAUUAGUUUGUAGACUACCUCGUUGGUGAUGGACCCAGUAACCGUUAUGCUUUAAUAUGCAAAGCCUGUCACUCACACAAUGGCAUGGCGCUGAAAGAAGACUUCGAAUACACCAGUAAGAUAUAUCAUUCAUUUUGUGAAUUAAGAGGCAGCAUGUUACCUACGAGUCCGCCUAUAAAGUACCAAACAUUUGUGCGCUGUUUGUACUCACCAUCUUUCUUACGAUAAAGUGGAUACAGAGUUUGAACCCCCUUCCGGUUUACUGAAAAGGGGUGGGCUGGUUUAAAAAUGGGGGAAUGAAUAAAAAACUGUUAUGAUUACAAGGAACCAAGACACGUGUCGUACAAUUUGCGUCUAAUUUCUCGUUCAUUAUGUUAGCUACUGUAAUUGUAGUUAGCGCAAAACAUCCUGACCGACAACUUGCAUGACGCAAGCCAAGAUUCACAAGAAAAAAUAGUUCGUACAAAAGACUGCACGAGUGAACUAUGGGGGAACUCAAACAUUGUCAGGAAUAGUGUACUUGCUACUGUAGCUCUCUCGUGAAGCAAUAAUAUUAAUAAUAAUAUGUUUAUCUGAUGUCGUUUACACGGGUGUGGUUCCCCAACUCCCCCGAGCCGCUACAAGUACAAGACACAGUACAGUACAGUACAGUAUAUAUGCAGUAUAUAUGGAGAGAAGCAGUGACAUGCACAUCUACUUACACGAGUUAUCCCUAAAAUUGCAUGCUAACUGAAUGUCGAGAGCCUAUUCCAGUGAUUUUCUUACCUAUAAUCUAUAUAGCUUUCCGAUGCUGCUAUUGUUACCAACUGAAUGAAGCGAAAAAACAGCGUCCUUCAGCUCCACCACUCGAGGGAUUGUCCACUCCGACACCAAGACAUUCUACCAAUGAUACCGUCAGUAAUGAAGAAACAUGUGGAGAGUCUGGAAAUAUCGAAAAAACGAUGGAAGGUAAGAAUUAA